AUGAUGCAUUUAGAAAAUUAAUAGAUUAAGAAGGAUGAUUAAAUUAUUCAAAUAUAAACUUAAAUCGAUUAAAAAAGAUUUUGUAAUUAUGGAAAAGACAUUAAGUAGAUUAAAAUAAUGAAAUAUAAAUAGCCCUUUUACAAGAUAUUAAAGGGGAAGUUAUUGAAUAUAAAACCAUUAUUAAAAAUAAUAUAAAAAAUGACUGAAAUAAAAAAAUUAUAUUGUAGAUUCGUGACUGGAAUGACAGUUGAUUUAGAUAUUAGGGCAGAAACUAAAACAGUGUUAUAACUUAAGCAAUAGCUCUGUGAAGUUAUUAAUUUAACACCUGAUAGAUUAUAUAUAGGAUUUGAGACCACUUUACUUGAAGAUAAUGAGUAUUUAGGUACUAAAAUUACAGAUUGUGAUACUGUACAUGUAAUAACAUCCCAGUUAACAGAAAAAAUAGCAUACAAAAAAAAGUGA